GGGUGGUGCUUAAGCUGUGCACCAGAAAAUUUUGCCAUGGCUGGAGGACUUGUAUGGUCUAUUCUAUGUCAUUUUGCUUGAAUGGUUGGUUCUUCCAUUGCUUGAAAAGCUGUAUAUUUUGGUCAUGGAUGUUGGAUGGGUUAUAAAACGGUGGUCGGCAAAAAGUAUGUAAGGCUUUACCCUGCUUUAUUAUCGGAGGAACUUUACGCUUAUAAGGAAUCCAUGCUUAGCAAUUCCAGCCAGGUUGAUCUGGAGAACAUAGACGCGGACAAGUUUCCGAAGGUGCGGGAGCUGGAAUUUAUGUUUAUGGACUGCAUUUUAGAGGAAGGCGAAAUGUUUUAUAUCCCUCCAAAAUGGUGGCAUUACGUGCGCUCUCUCACCAUUAGUUUUUCUGAAUGAGGGAACAACGGAAGAGCGCAGCGCGAUGGAACUUGGAAGGAAGGAAGGCAGAGGAUGGGACGAGCAUCAAGCAAGUUUGGGGACAGAAUGUGUUUGCCCGAGAAUAGCAAAUUUGGUAUGUACAAGUACAAUAUGAUAGCCCCAACCAAGUUAUGCUUAUGUAUGGAGAUCUUAAGCUGAACGUUAAAAGGAACAUGGCGAGUGGGAGGGUCAUGGUCCGUCUUUGAUCAAAUUCUUGAAAAAUAAUGGAUAAUGACAUUAAUCCAGAGAAAAACAGGAGUGAAGGAGUCGGAGUUGGAGUUAAGCCUUUUCUUUGCCAUUUAUUAUUACAUUCGUUCAAGUUUCAA